CUUUUUUUUGGUAAGCAGAUUUGUGUAAUUGGGUAUCACGUGAGUGAGAGCGUGUAUUGUCAUAACUGGAAAAACAAGAAGGAGAAGAAGAGUGGUUUUUAUUUUAUUUUUUUUCAGUUUUUUCUUCGUCUUCUCCACUUUCCCGGUCAGCUGUCAUUCUUGUUUUCCGCUACUAAAAUUCUUUUUUUUUUUAAAAAAGAAAACUUCUUUAUUACCUUUUUUUUUUAUAAUUUUUAUUUUGGGUUGUGGGUAGGUUUAGAUUUGUCGGAAGUACCCUUGAAGAGGGUUUAACAAUACACAAGGACAAUACUGUCAGAAAAAUAAAGUGUCAUUAGAUGACUGCUUUUUUUACUUUCUGAAACCCCCCAAAAAAACUCACCAGUGAAAGGAAACUUCCACUCAACGCAUCCUUUCUCAAUCUCUCUCCUCCUAAAAUGACAACAAUACCCUCGGUAAAUAGUCAAAAUCGCAUUUAUCUCUAACAAGGUCAUAAAGGUCAUUUACAAAAAGGAUAUGAUAUGAAUAUAUAAGUUAUAAAAGUGGGUCCCAAGUAGAUUGAAGUAUGAGAGGGGGUUGUAUUUGUAUAAGUUGGUGUGUUGUGGCGUUAGGUCCGCGUUUGGUUUUUGGUUUUAAAUGGUGGUUUGUGUUGUUAGUGGAUGAUGUGCUUACUUUCUCUCUCUUCAAAAAUUAAAAAUAAAAAUUAAUACUUUCUCUCUCCUCGUGAAAGCUGAUGGGUUUUUAUUGUGUGUAGACGCGCACAUCUCAAUUCCCAUGCGCCGCUCUAUGAUUUUUCCAACCUUUUUUUUAAUUAUCCGAGUCAAAUGGGUCAUCUUGACACGCCGCUCAACUUGGUUUUUUUCUUUUCUUUUUUAUUAAUUCAGAAAAAGAAAAAAAAACCCAAUCUGGGUUCGUUCGUGGAGUGUAGUAGUAGUGUGCAAGCCACCACUAUCAACCCACGCGUUUGAUGGGGUCACGUGAGGAGUAAGUAUGGAUAUUUCUCUCUCCUCACGUGACAUGACAUUGUUGCACUGUUGCUGGCGUGGCGGUUAUCUGUUGGCUAGUAACCAAUUCCUGCCUGCCACGUGGCUGCUGACACUCAAAGCUGGAUUUUUUUUUUCAAAUCUAGUGCUUGCCAGUUCUAAACCGCUUACAAUGGAUCAUCAAAUCAAGACCGUCCAUGAUUUGGAUGGUGGGGUUGAUGAUGGUGAUGGAUGGUGGGAUUUUGUUGGGACACUUGAGUGGGACCCAUUAAGGAGUAAGAGAGUGUUAAUUGUUGGAAGAUGGUGGUUUUUAAGUUUCAUGUGAGUGAUGGAUGGAUGGAUGGAUGGGUGGGAAAUUAGUUGCUUAUCCGAUAAUCUAGGACCCACAAAAUUUUAUUUUUUUUGGAUUCAAAAAAUGAUUUCGGCUUCCACUGAAAACCCAACUACCACGUCUGGCAAAAGACCUAGGAGGAAGAAGACAUUUGCCGAACUUAAAGAAGAGGAGAGUUCAUUGAUGAAGGAGCGGACAUAUUUGAAAAAGGAGUUAGCUACAUUACGCGUAACAUUGAAACAACAGAGAUCAAUAAAUGAGAAUUUGAAGAGAAUGAAGCUUGAUGUACAAGUAGAAACCACAAUAAAAUGUGAAGCAAAUUCAGUUGAUGAACGUAAUAACACAACAAACAAUGGAAUCUCAGAAGCAGCCUCUUCGAGUGUAACGAGACAAGAUAAAGUCGAGGAUGCUUCAGAGCCCAAUUCAUCAUGCCCAUCACUAAAACGUGAAACAUCCCAGGACGGCAUCUUUAUGCUACCUGACCUAAAUAUGGUGCCAGAUGAAGAUGCUGUUGUUGUUGGAAUGAUGACCUGUUGAAACAAAGUUUCAAUAGUCUCAUCUUCCAUAAUUCAAAGGCUAACUGUUUGUAAGGUUUAUAACUACUGGAUGGCGCUUUGUUCAACUGUGCGAUGACUGAAACGCCAUCCAUCAGGCAGGUGUAAUUACAGCAGGACUUAGGGGAUUGAUUCACUUGGUUAUUUUACUGCCCAGAUGCUAAUACUUCAUAUCUGGGUUAAUCCAGGAAAGGAAAGCUUAGUAUUUUUAGUUGUUAGAUAAUUAAUAUACAGAGAUGAUACUCAAAAAAUGUUCGUUCGUUCAUUGUUGUUUGUUCGCUCAGAUAUUCUACGAUCUUUGCUUGUUGCUGCUCCAAGAAUUCUUUGGGGUAAGCUCUGUUCA